AUGGCGGCCUUCAACAACCGCAUGUCGACCUUUUCAAGCCUGUCGAAUACCACGCCGCGUCCCGGCCAUGGCCUUUCCCACCAGGUCUCGACUAGCACUCUCUUGAAUGCAUUGCACAACGCCUACAUCCAGCACGAGCCCUACUGCCUCGAGGCAAGCACCAGCUUGGUCGUCAACACUUGGGCUACCGCCACCGCAGUCGGUCCCGACGGCCGUUAUGGAGGUUCCGUCGACCUCGAAUUGGGUCGGAAAGCUUGGGAGCAUGCCCGUAGGAGGGCCGAAGAUGGAUGCAUUGUUCUGGGGUCCCUUCACGAAUCCACGCCCUCGAUGUUUGCACCUUUCAUUUCUGGCCUUCCUAUCCAGGUCCCCGGAACGCUAUAUACCGCAUUGAGUGUCCUCCGUGCUUUCACCUACUGUGUCACACCCCAGAACCCAUCUUGUCCACGACACUCAGCGCUUGCUGCCACAUUCUCUCUGAACCUGGAGGGAGCUAUCACCGGGGCCACCCUGGCUCUGUCGACCAGUGGUAUAGACACAAAGAGGGGUCUGAUCGAUGUGCCAGCCGAGGCCGGCUACAGAGCCUUUGAUGUUUUCUACUACCUGAAUUCCAACAACGCUUCCCGCGGAGAAAGAGAGACGCUGGGUCUCAAGCCACUUUCGGAGUAUGGUCUGUUGAAGAAGUCGGGUACCUACCACCCGCCCUCCUAUCUUCCUACCGCAGAUGAUGCCGCCGCCGCGGAAGACUUUCGAAACCACUUGAAGUCUAUUGGCAUCAAGGGGGCUAGUCUUCGAAAGCUCAUCAUGGCGCUUGCUGCUCUGCUCAAACUCGGUGACACUCUCGGUUUCCUCGUUGACGAAGAGGUGCUGGAACAGGCCUGUCUGGAUUUUGCCAAACUUCUCGACAUCGACCCAGAGGUUCUCCAGAAGAAAUGUGACACAAUGGAACGCGAAGUCUUGGUCUCCGGUCUCUAUGAAGCCAUCGUCGACUGGGUUGUCGCUAAAGCUAACAAUGCUAUACGUGCUGACCUCCGUGGACUGAAGCCAUCCAAUUCUGCCGACGGCAGCAACGGCGGCUAUUCCGAGUCCGCAACGCCUAACAUCGAUGACGACGGCGACUCGGUGAGCAUUACCGUCGUUGAGAUCCCCGGUGAUGGCUUGGGCAAGGCGAUAGCUAUGCGCAACGUGUUUGACGACAAUGAAGGUAUCAACGCGGAGAUGAAGCAGGAUGGCGUCGUGUUCGAAUCUGCUGGUUCUUCUGUCCUCAGAGAGAUGAAGUCUGCCGUCUCUGAAUUCGAAGCCGACAUGGGUAUCACGACCGGCUCGGCCGGCCGUGAACUGGAGCAAGAACGUGACCGUCGCGAAGCGGUUCUCGAGAAGGUUGCUCACGAAGCAGAACCAGACAGCUUUUUGAAAGAUCUGCUCCUGCCUACCGGUGAAGGGGUAGUGCUUGGUAAAACUGGCAGGUUUGAUUUGCCUACGACCAUCAACAGCAGCCGCGUCUGGUUCCAACUUUCGGUUCAUCCCACUGAUGAAAAGCCUGCUACUCUCAACGUCAACACUCCGGCCCCCGGUUGGUCGGCGGGAACGGUCUCACGCCAACUGCGCGCGUGGCGCUUGCCAGAGUGGGCUAAUCGGCGAAACAAGAGCCUCGACUUCACCGCUGACUUCGACAUCGAAGAGUUUGUCGAAAGAUAUGCCCCGCUUGGUUGCAUGGAUGGCCAAGAUGGCAUUGAGAGUUGGAUUCUGGAGCGAGGAUGGAGCAAUGGCGAGGUCGUCGUUGGCACCGAACGCGUGUGGAUCCGUGAAGGUGCCUGGUGGGAGGCCGAAAGCAUGCGCGAUAUGAAGCUUCAGGAAAUGGGCUCUACUAAUGUGUUUGGUGGAAUGGUUGGCGCAGGUGGUCUCGAGAGUGGCUAUUCUGUCCAGAACCCGGCUAUGGGAAGUGGAUUCUUCACCCAGCAACAAUAUGCCGACAACAUUACCUUGCAAGGCAGCGGGGAAAAUUUGUUUACGCCAGAACAAGCGAGACUGAGCGUUGGACCUCCUCAGAGCGUCAAAGCCCGCUCUGUUGCACCCACCACCAGGACUGGCCUGCAGGCAUUGAGCGGCGGCGACUACGGCCUUGGAUACAAGGGAGACAACAAGCACGACAUACAAUAUUACGGCGACGAGGAAUUUGCCGACGGCAAGGUCGUCACCGAACAACCCGUCUCCAAAGGACGAAAGCUCUGGGUCGCGGCUACUUGGGCCUUCACUGGCUGGAUUCCCUCUUUCCUGCUGCGCUACGUCGGCCGGAUGAAGCGGCCUGAUGUUAGGCUGGCCUGGAGAGAAAAGCUCCUUCUCGUCAUGAUCAUCUGUUUCCUCAACGGUAUUGUCCUCUUCUACAUCAUUGCCUUUGGUAAUCUCUUGUGUCCAAACUUCGACAAAGCUUGGAAUCCCAAGCAGGUCAGCCAACACCAGGGUGAAGACGACUUUUAUGUCAGCCAUCAUGGAAAGGUUUACGACAUCUCAAAGUUUUGGAAACUCCAGCAUAGCGACCGGACAGGCUACGACGUUACGAAGGACAACAUGGAGCCGCUAAUGGGGAAGAACCUGGACGCUUACAUCCAACCACUUGUUGGCCAGGCUUGUCCGCAUUUGACUGUCAACAGCUCUAUCGGACUGAUCCAAUGGAACGACACCGCUGCUACCAAUGACGCGCCAUUGGCUGUUCACAAAUAUGGCCCUACUCAGAUGCCUGAUCCGACUACUGCGUUAAACAAGGAGGAUUGGUACCAAAAGAAGUUCCUUCCUAAAAUGAAAGAGUACUACAAGGGAGCACUGGUCUACGAUACGGAUACCAUCAAGAAGCAAGGCGAUUCCAUUGACCGCAAAUGGGCCCUUAUCGAGAACAAGGUGUAUGACCUGACAAACUAUUUCUAUACGCAAGAUCAGAACAAAGGAACCAGCACCUGGAAGUUCUUGGACACCAAAGUUGAAGACCUUUUCAAUAGCAAUCCUGGUGGGGAUAUCACCGAUGAUUGGAAGAAUCUGGAUACAGAUGUUCAGAAGGCAAACUUCCAGUGCAUCGAAAACUUGUUCUACGUCGGACAAACUGAUUUCCGGAAAUCCGCGAGAUGUCAAGUCAACAACUACAUUCUUCUCGCCUUCACUAUCAUCCUCUGUACGGUCAUUGUGGUCAAGUUCUUGGCAGCACUGCAGUUCGGCUCAAAACGCAGACCAGCAGCUCAGGACAAAUUCGUCAUUUGCCAAGUCCCGGCCUAUACUGAGGGUGAAGAUCACCUUCGCAAAGGCUUGGAUUCUUUGACAGCCACAGCCUAUGACAACAAAAGGAAGCUCAUCUGUGUCAUUUGUGACGGUAUGAUCGUUGGUGGUGGUAACGAUAGGCCUACGCCGAAGAUUGUCCUGGAUGUCCUUGGUGUUGAUCCUAAAGUCGAUCCUCCUGCUCUUCCGUUCAGAUCCGUUGGUAUGGGCAACGAGCAGCUCAACUACGGAAAGGUCUAUUCUGGUCUCUACGAGUAUGAAGGCAAUGUUGUUCCUUACAUUGUUGUCGUCAAGGUCGGCAAAGAAUCUGAGCAGUCCAAGUCGAAGCCUGGCAACCGAGGCAAGCGUGACUCUCAGAUCUUGCUGAUGAACUUCCUCAACCGUGUCCACCACCGCGCCCCGAUGUCACCGCUCGAACUGGAAAUGUUCCAUCAAAUCAAUAACAUCAUUGGCGUGGAUCCGGAACUGUACGAAUAUCUCCUGAUGGUCGAUGCCGAUACCAUGGUCAAGGAAGACGCCCUCAACCGGCUUAUCGCGAGCUGUGCCAAUGACUCCAAGAUCAUCGGCAUUUGCGGCGAAACGAGCUUGGACAAUGAAGACCAGAGUUGGACAACCAUGAUUCAAGUUUACGAGUACUACAUUUCGCAUCACUUGGCCAAAGCAUUCGAAAGUUUGUUUGGCAGUGUCACCUGUUUACCUGGAUGUUUCUGCAUGUACCGUCUUCGAACAGCUGACAAGGGCAAGCCUCUGAUCAUUUCUGAUGCAAUCAUUGAAGACUACAGCGAUUGCAAUGUCGACACUCUACACAAGAAGAACCUGUUGUCUCUUGGUGAGGAUCGUUACCUUACGACUCUCAUGAUGAAGCAUUUCCCCAACAUGUCGUUCAAGUUUGUUCCCGAUGCGUAUGCGCUUACAGCUGCACCCGAGGAAUGGAGCAUUCUGCUUUCCCAGAGGCGUCGUUGGAUCAACUCAACCAUCCACAACUUGGCUGAAUUGGUCCAGUUGAAGGGUCUCUGCGGUUUCUGCUGUUUCUCCAUGCGUAUCGUCGUCUUUAUCGAUCUCUUCGGUACCGUCAUCCUUCCGGCGACUUGCGGUUACAUUGCCUACCUUAUCUACAAGGUUGUGGGCCAGCACGGAGCGUUCCCCAUGAUCUCCAUUAUCAUGCUUGCAGCUGUGUACGGUCUUCAGGCGAUCAUUUUCAUCGCCAGAAGGCAGUGGCAGCACGUCGGCUGGAUGUUCAUUUAUAUCCUGGCUUUCCCGAUCUACUCUCUCGCGUUGCCCUGCUAUUCGUUCUGGAAGCAAGAUGAUUUCUCCUGGGGUAACACGCGUGUCGUGCUUGGCGAAGGUGGUGGUAAAAAGGUCGUUGCCGCCGAAGAGGAAGGCUUUGAUCCUCGCAGCAUUCCUCUCCAGCGAUGGGACGAUUAUGCCGCGGCCAACAGCCUCCCUGGCCGCCGUGGGGCGCCAGCUGGCGAGAAGGGUUUCAUGCAGCCUUACGAAGACGACGUUUACGAGAUGAACGACAUGCAAUCUCAGUACUCGUCAGCUCGACCUGCUUCGACUGUUCUGACCGGCUUCAAUCAACGGGGCCCUGUGCAUAUGCCGCCCCAGUCGCCUGCUCCGUUUAUGGGUAUGCAGCAGCAGCAGCAGCAACAGCGGAACAGCGGCUAUUCUGACGCCAACAACGCUCACGGUCGUAUGAUGAGCAUGGGCGGUAUGAGCGAUUACUACGGCGGCGGAUCCCCCUAUGGCGGCGAACAAAAGCAGGCUCGUCAGAGCGUGCACUCGCUGGGUCCGUUCCAAUCUCAGGAUAAUCUUCUCAACAGCCCGUACAACCACAACCCGCGCCAGCGCAGCCCGCUGAGCCAGAGCCGCCCAGUCAGCGGUAUGGACCUUCGUGGCGGCAUUAACGGUCCUUCUGAUGCCGCCAUCGUCGAAGCUGUUCAGGCCUGUCUGGCCGAGGUAGAUAUGGAUACCGUCACCAAGAAGCAACUCAAGGCGCUUGCGGAGCAGAGACUUCAGACGCAGUUGAGCGGCGAGAGGCGUGUGUUCCUCGACCAGAUGAUCGAUCAUGAGCUGGCCAACAUGUAA